ACAUAAUUCGUUUACAACGAGUCGAAGCUUCGUCCCCUUCACACCUUCCCCAUCUUCCUCUCUCCCAAAGGCAUCCUCUCUCUCUCUCUCUCUCUCUUCCCUUGUGCUAAGCAAUUAGAUCCUUGAUAAUUGCAGAUUUUUUUGUUUGGGUGAGCAUUGGGAGAUUCAAGAGAAAUCCGCCGCUUUCUCUCGCUGCAACCGUCAGAACGUGUGAGCGCAAUUCAUGGCACCAGUCACCCUUCCUCCUGGCUUCCGCUUCCAUCCGACUGAUGAAGAGCUGGUGGCUUUUUAUCUUAAGAGGAAGAUUCAUGGCCUCAAGAUCGAGCUCGAGAUCAUCCCCGAAGUCGACCUCUACAAAUGCGAACCCUGGGAUUUGCCAGAGAAGUCGUUCCUGCCGAGCAGAGAUCUUGAGUGGUACUUCUUCAGCCCAAGGGAUCGGAAGUACCCGAACGGGUCGAGGACGAACCGGGCGACACAGGCUGGGUACUGGAAGGCGACCGGGAAGGAUCGGAAGGUGAACUCCCAAAUGCGAGCAGUGGGGAUGAAGAAGACGCUGGUCUACUACAGAGGCAGAGCCCCUCACGGUGCACGAACAGACUGGGUCAUGCAUGAGUACCGUCUCGAUGAAAAGGAAUGUGUCGGCGUCUCGGGGAUGCAGGACGCCUACGCACUGUGUCGAGUGUUCAAGAAGAAUGGAAAUGGCCCUAAGCCUGUUGGAGAUCAGUAUGGCUCAGCUCUGAACCCCAGCUCCUCUGCGUGGACUGCCAACGAUCACUCAUCGACAUUAGAGGUGUCUGAGGAAAGGGGAGACGACGUCGAGAGCCGGAACUACCGCGGCUUUGCUGCUGAUUCCUCCUCCUCCGAGUUGAUUCAUGGAAGGCCUGCACAAUUGUAUGGCAACUGCCAGAGGAGCUACAAUGCCAUGGAGGGUGGUUGGAUGCAGUUCCUCUCUGAUGAGGUGGUCAGUCCGCCCACCCCAACAUUUGGUGGAUAUAGAAGCGACCUCCAUGGCCACCUUGAAUCCAAGGCGGAAAUAGCAAUCGAAUGUGCACGCCUACAGCAUCGCUUCUCGUUACCACCUUUAAACGUUGAAGAACUUCCACCAAUAGACAUCACCCACAUGAAAUUUCCAGAUAUCGGGAUAUUCCAGGAACAUGAUAUUGAUCAAACCAACAACACUAGCUGCCAGAAUGAAGCAAAUAUCCUGCAAGAAAUAUUGUCCAUGGCUUCUACUUCACAUGAGAUGACAUCCUUACCUAGUUACUCUGAUCUAUGGGUGGGAAACUACCCAAAUUUAGAUGAAAUAGUUCCUCCAAGUGACUCACAGAAGUUCAUGAAUGAAAUCAUAGAUGGGAAAUUCGAGACAAUGACUAACCUAAGCACUCAAGGGUGGACGUCGAGUUUUUUGGAAGACGUGCCCAUCCAAGAAGAGCAGGUGAGAUUGGUAGAAAUUUCAAAAAUGGAAGAGACUCAGGAUUGCUGUAUCCAAGCUAGAAACGACGGAUUGUUUGACUGCAGAGACGACGGCAACAGAGUGCUAGAUGUAGAACCCGAGGUUACUGUAGAGGAGCAGGAGACAGUAGGCAUGGAGAGCAACACAAGCAAUGUGCACCAAUACGAAGAUAAUGGUGAGGCAAGCCAACUCCAUCAGUUCCCACACAAUGAUCAAGAUUCCUCCUUGAAUGAAUACUCUGAUAGGUUUUUAGUUGAGGAUAGAGAUGGGAUCUUUGAGGUGUUUGAAGAUGUGAAAGUGACCCAUGCUCUCUUCAUCUCGAGCAGACAUCAGGCCCAAACUUUUUUCCACAAAGUGGCGCCAUCAAGCAUAGUCAGUGUUCACUUGGAUGUGGCAGGACCCAUAGAUAAAAUGACUGCAAAGAUAGAGACUCAGGCAGCGAGCGCUCCUGAAACCAGAACCAUAUUGGGAAAGAAAGGCUUCUCAUUUUUCAACAAAUUUGGUGGAUUUAUGAGAGACAAGAUCAGGGGUUCAUUCAGGAAGACGAAUGGAAGGAUGAGCUCCCUCAUGAACAUGCUUGGCGUUGUCUUAGUUUCCUUUGUAGGCUAUGGCGAGGCAUCACCAAAGAAGGACGCUGCGAAGGAAACGAGUAAAAAGAUCGCUGGUUCUCUUAAGAAAAAAAAUAUUGGCGGGUUGUUCUUUGAUGGGCAUUUUUCUUUGCUCACGCUGGUGCUGGCUCUCAAGGCCUUCUGCUUGUAUCAUUACUUGACAUUGAUAUUCUCUCGUUGAGUAGGUUUUUUUCUCUUCAUGUACCAUAAGGGAGAUGUUGAUCCUGUAACUGGGGCUUGCAAAUUUAGGCCUCCUAUUCUGUCUUUUAGGAAGAAUAAACAAUCUACAAUUGUAGAUAUUUGUUGUAUAACUAUCUAACAAAGACAAAUAUUUUAUGGAAAUGUCGA